AUGGGCGCCGACUUCAACAAUGACUUCCAUCAUUGUUCCUUCCCUUGGGAAGAAGGAAGCGAUUUUUCCGGAUGUUCUUUGUGCGCUUCACAACAUGCCCUCCUGCAAGAUCCUCGGGUCAAUCGGGAGAGGAAACAAAAACCUGUCCCAAAGGGUACUGUACCACACACAGGAGUCUCGGCUUCAUGCUCAUGCGAUGGUGUCGGUGAAACAAUGGCGAUUGGGCUUGGCUUUGUGAAGGUUGUGUGGGCUUUUGUGGGUUCGAGGGAUAUGUUCAUCGGUUGUCGUCUGCUCCCAGACAUUCCUCAACUCCUGUUUGCGCCUGCGUUUGAUACUCGCCCUCUUAUUUCUCGAAUGACCGCAAUUGUUCUGGUCGGAGAAACGUGCGAUUACUAUUGUUCGAACGCUUUGACUUAUCAGCCCAUUUCUAGUCGGCAUGGGGGCGAUGUCCUUAGUCGGUGCUAA